AUGGACCAAUUGGAAGAUAACACACACAACAUCCUGGAUGAGCCUCUACACGGUAUUGUCAUUCCCUCUGGUUUAUUCAUUACCGGUAUUUUGUUAAUGACUUAUAUGUCCUCUGAUAAAAGAAUACUGUUCGCUUUACCAGUAUUAUUCAGUGUAGUAUUAACUAGGUUCAUUUCGGCCUAUCAACGUCGACAAUCAUUGUUCAAAGAUAGGUGGACUCAGUUAGAAUUAGAAGACCAAACCCUAGUAUCCAAAAAUACAGCCAUUUAUCGUUUCAAAUUGAAGACAAAGUUAGAAUCAUUAGAUAUCCCAGCUGGUCACCAUGUAGCAGUCAAAAUGAACAUUGAUGGGAAGGACGAAAUAAGAUAUUACAACCCUAUCAGCUCUAAAUUAGCAAAGGGCUACGUCGAUCUUAUGGUGAAAUCUUAUCCCAAUGGCAAAGUUUCCAAACAAUUCGCAAGUCUAACCACUGGUUCUUUAGUAGACUUUAUGGGACCUAUGGGCCAAUUCCAUUAUAAGCCAAAUUCUUCCAAAGAGUUAGCCAUCGUGGCUGGUGGUUCCGGUAUUACACCAAUUUUACAAGUCUUGAAUGAAAUUAUUACUGUUCCUGAAGAUGUAACCAAGGUAUCUAUAAUUUACGCUAAUGUUACUGAAAAUGACAUCCUAUUGAAGGAUGAAUUGGAUGAAAUAUGCUUUAAAUACCCAAAUGUUAGAAUUCAUUACGUAUUAGAUAAACCAAAGUAUGCUGAGGCAUGGAGAGGUGAUGUUGGAUUUGUUACAAAGGAACAAAUGCAGCAAUAUCUACCACUACCAAAUCCCGAUAAUAGACUGUUGAUUUGUGGUCCAGAACAAAUGGAAAGCUUGGUUUUGAAAUAUGCUGAAGAACUCGGUUGGAAUUGUCCAGUUACCAACAGAUCCAAUGCUGACGAUCAAGUUUUUGUAUUCAACUAA